GAUUCAUGCACUUUCACACUUUUAAUUCAAGGCUUCGUUAAUCCUUUUUUCAUCCCCAAAAUUGCUUCUUGACUAUUGAAUUUGUGGAAUUUCGAGGGAAAAAAUGGAGGCAGAGUGUGUGAGUAGAUACCACCGGCAUCAGCCCUGCGAGCAUCAGUGCUCUUCUUGCGUGGUCAAGCACAUCAAGGCGCCAGUUGACAUUGUUUGGUCGUUGGUUAGGAGAUUCGAUCAGCCACAGAAGUACAAGCCCUUUGUUAGUCGGUGCAUUGUUCAAGGUGAUCUGAAGAUUGGGAGUGUUAGAGAGGUCAAUGUGAAGUCAGGACUCCCUGCAACAACGAGCACCGAGAGGUUGGAAAUGCUCGAUGAUCAAGAACAUAUACUUGGAGUCAAGUUUGUUGGUGGUGAUCAUAGACUUAAGAAUUACUCGUCAAUAAUCACAGUCCAUCCCGAUGUAAUUGAUGGGACUGAAGGGACAAAAGUUAUUGAAUCAUUUGUUGUGGAUGUGCCCAAUGGGAAUACUCAAGACGAAACGUGCUACUUCGUGAAAGCCCUAAUCAACUGCAACCUCAAGUCUUUGGCUGAUGUCUCCGAAAGAAUGGCAAUGAGAGGACUAGUUUCCACCAGCCAACCACCUACUCUACUUUGAUAGGCCAUUCCAACGAAAUCCUUCGUUGCCAUCAAGAUUUUGUCGGGUUUUCUUGGACACUCUAGGACAGUUUGCCUCUCCUCUUGUUGCGAGUCUGUAUGUUUUCUGAUGGAGUAAGUUAUUCCUAGUAGACCAAGAAUGCAUCCAUGUAUGUACAAAUUGUUUGUGAAUCUCUUGCCUCUUUGCAAAUUACAAGGCUAUGUGUAUAUGUAUAUGUGAAAUGUACAUGUUUUGUGCUUCUCGGGAUCGUUCCUAGUCUUUUAUUGGGUGAUUCCGAGGUGAUUUUUGUCGAACUGUGUUUCUCUCAGUCAUGGGAUCGUUCACUCGACCGACUAGGUCGGCCCAAAUGUUGGAACUUUCGUAUUGUCAAUGAUUUCUUUCGUUUAUCA